AUGGGUCGGUUAGUAGAAGCUAUCAUUGCUUCGAUAUUAUUGUCUUUGUGUUUUACAAUAACAAAGUCAGCUCCAAAAUCUGCUCUCAUUACCAAUCUUCCUGGUUUCAACGGCACUUUUCCAUCUAAACACUAUGCCGGGUAUGUGGCAAUAGAUAAACAUCGUAAUAAGAAUCUAUGGUAUUACUUUGUGGAAUCUGAGAGAAAUGCUUCGGUAGAUCCAGUUGUGCUUUGGCUUAAUGGUGGUCCAGGUUGCUCUAGCAUGGAUGGAUUUGUCUACGAGCACGGUCCAUUCAAUUUCGAACCAAAAAAGAAGAACUCACAUCUUUUGCAUCUCAAUCCUUAUAGUUGGUCCAAGGUGUCCAACAUCAUAUACCUUGACUCUCCAGUUGGUGUGGGAUUCUCUUACUCAAAUGACAACGCCGAUUAUACAACUGAUGAUACAAAAACCGCGUCUGAUACUCACACAUUCCUUCUCGAGUGGUUUAAAAUGUUUCCGGAGUUUCAGUCAAAUCCGUUCUUUAUAUCAGGAGAAUCAUAUGCUGGUAUCUAUGUGCCAACUCUUGCGGCCGAGGUUGUCAAAGGUCACAAGAAUGUGACAAAGCCGGUUAUCAACUUCAAGGGAUAUUUGGUGGGUAAUGGUGUUACCGAUGAGGUGUUUGAUGGUAAUGCUCUUGUUCCCUUCACUCAUGGCAUGGGACUCAUCUCUGAUGAACUCUAUGAGGAAACUAAAUUAGUGUGCAACGGAACAUACUAUACCGGCGGCCAGUCAGGAGUGAGUAAAGAAUGUGCUGGCAAACUUAAAACAGUGUCAGAUACUGUGAACUUAUUGAACUUAUAUAACAUUCUAGAACCGUGCUACCACGGAACAUCUCUAUCCGCCUUAGAUAUCGAGUUUCUGCCUAAGAGUCUCCUUACUCUAGGCAAAACAGAAAAGCCAAUGGCGGUGAGAAAGAGAAUGUUUGGUCGUGCAUGGCCUCUAGGUGCCGUUGUGCGUCCAGGCAUUGUACCUAGUUGGUCUCAACUCCUCGCUGGCUUUGGUGUUCCUUGCAUUGACGAUACAGUUGCGACCAAAUGGCUAAACGAUCCAGCUGUAAGGAAAGCGGUUCAUGCUAAAGAGGAAAAAGCGAUUGGAAAUUGGGAGUUAUGUUCAAGCAACCUCGAAUAUAGGCACGACACCGGUAGCAUGAUCGAAUACCAUAGAAACCUCACUCUUAGUGGCUUUCGAGCUCUCAUUUUCAGUGGAGAUCAUGAUAUGUGUGUACCAUAUACUGGCUCUGAAGCAUGGACUAAGGCAAUGGGAUACAAAGUGGUUGAUGAAUGGAGGCCAUGGAUGUCAAAUAACCAAGUCGCCGGGUUUACACAAGGGUAUGCCAAUAAUCUCACAUUUCUAACCAUCAAGGGUGCAGGACAUACCGUUCCAGAAUACAAACCGCGUGAAUCUUUGGACUUCUAUAGUCGUUUCCUAGCAGGAGAAAAGAUAUAG